CAAUGUAAGGAAUAAUUGAGAUAGAUCCAAAAAUUAUAUUGGAAUUUAUGGCUGAAGAGAAUAGAUUUGCUCAUGCUUAAUUAACACUAUAUAAUGUAUAGUCUUAACAAAUUGCUUUUAAAGUAAAAUGAUCUAUUAUAAUAUUUUAGAUAAAAACUACAGUUCCUUAAAUGUUUUAAGUCAAACCAAGUGUAGGAUUUAUUGAUGGGAAUCAAUCAUAAAUUAUUGAAAUAUCUACAACUUAAGCAAUUGGAUUAGAUUAAAAGUUUGAUGCAAAAUUCUAAAUAAAUGCUUGUCUUAGAGAUUCAAAUGAAUAAGGUACAUUGUGUGAAUCUAACUGAGAUUUGAAUUAAUUUUGGAGAAGUAGAGACUAAUCAACGAUUCAAACAACUUAACUUAAGAGUAAAUUGAAAUAUCAAAAUCCUCAAGAUCAAUAGAAUCAAUAAUAAUAAUAAUAAACUACAGGUGAUUCUAAGAUAUUAGAAUCUAGUGUAUUUAAUUCAUCUCAUUCUGAAUCAAGAAUGUUCAAAUCUAUCAAAGAUGAUAAUUAAAAAGAUGAAUUAGUGAAACAAUAUAAGGAUCAACUUGAAAAAUUAGUAAUAAAAUAAAUAUUUCUUAGUCUUAAGAAUAUUAAUUCUUUAAAUAAAAAGUUUAAUAGGAGUAAUUCAAUAGUUUAUAGAAGAAAGGUAUUUUUUAUUAAAAUAUAUAUAUAUAUAGAAUCAAUAAAUACAAAAUAAGCAUUAAUUUUCGUAAUAAUUGCAUUAGUAAUUGGAUAUAUUAUUGGAAAAUGA